AUGAAGACGCUGACUGGACAUUUCCACGAUUCAGCAUCAAUUUGCACCCACAAAAUAUCACCACGCCUCUUCGUCCCGUCUACAUCGUGCCAUCUUGAAACCAAUUCCCAUCUCAGGUCCCUCAGUUCACCUGAACCACAAGCCCACCUGGCCAGUCCGUCGUCAAUGCCGCUCUGGAACUUUCAGUCCAUGCUCUCUUCCGCCAUCAUGUUUGGCUACAUAAUCCGAACUUUCACCCUCACCUCCACAGUCCGUAAGGGUCAAGGAUCAAGGCUCGUGUACAUCUUGGGACAACUACCCUGA